AUCCCAUAUAACUCAGCUGUUUCUCUCAUUUGCAUUGUACCCACACCCAACCUUAUGGCAAAAACUCCUUUCCUCCCUCUUAUGUUUCUGCUGCUAUUUGCUACCUUCAGAGCUACUUUGUCAGCCAACAUAACCACCGAUGAAUCCGCCCUUUUAGCCUUAAAAUCCCAUAUAACUCAUGAUCCACAUAAUCUCUUAGCAACCAACUGGUCCACUUCUAUCUCUGUUUGCAAUUGGAUUGGUGUCAGUUGUGGAUCCAGACACUACAGAGUCACUGCUCUGAAUUUGUCAAGUAUGGAUCUCACGGGCACCAUCCCAUCUCAAUUAGGAAAUUUAUCUUUCCUUGCCUCCCUCAGCAUUGAUGACAAUAGUUUCCAUGGCUCUUUACCUACUGAGAUAGCCAAUUUGCAUCGGCUGAAGUAUUUGAACUUUGGUAACAACAACUUCAGUGGAGAAAUCCCAUCAUGGUUUGGUUGUUUUGCUCAUCUUCAAAGCUUGUUGUUGUACCGUAACAACUUCACGGGUGUUAUCCCGUCCACUCUUGGGAAUUUGUCAAAACUUGAAACGUUGGCUUUCUACAACAACAACCUUCAAGGACAAAUCCCUAUGACUAUGGGAAACCUUUCAAACAUGAAAUUGCUAUACCUCUGUGAAAAUUACCUUUCAGGCCAUUUACAGUCGGGAAUAUUUGAUAACCUAUCUAAAUUGGAAGUAUUAAGUUUGACUGGGAAUCAGAUUUCUGGUAGCAUUCCUAAUAGUUUAUUCAAAUGCAAAGAGUUGAGGUAUUUAUCAUUGAGGAACAACUCUAUGGAAGGAAGUAUACCCAUGGAAAUCGGAAAUUUGAUAGUGCUCCAAUCUUUGCGUCUUGCUAACAACAACUUCAAUGGUUCUAUUCCUUCGUCAAUCUUCAACAUUUCCUCUUUGCUACAUAUUUCUCUGGGAUGCAACAAUCUAAUUGGUUCUCUCUCUUCCAAUACAUUCGAUUAUCUUCCUCAAUUACGUCAUCUUGGAUUGGGUGGAUGUCAACUUUAUGGAAGAAUUCCAAUGAGUUUAUUCAAAUGCAAAGAGUUGGAAUAUAUAGAUUUGGGUACAAAUCAUUUGGAGGGAACCAUACCAUUAGAAAUCUCAAAUUUAACUUCACUUAAAUUUUUCUUCAUCCAUUACAACAACUUUUCAGGUACAAUUCCAUCGGUUAUUGGAAAUAUAACUUUUUUAGAGUUCAUUAGUUUUGCGGGUAACAACUUGACAGGCCGUAUUCCUUCCUCAUUAUGCAAUUUAAGUUCCCUUUGUGCGCUCUCUUUACGGAACAAUAGUUUGGAUGGAACAAUUCCGGAAUGCUUUGGAAAUUUGAGAUAUCUUUCGGUGCUUGACUUAGGGAUGAAUAAUUUUCAUGGUAAAAUACCUGAAAAUUUUGUUAAAGGUUGCUCGAUACUCUAUUUUCGAAUCAGGAACAACCAAAUAGAAGGGUCAUUACCACGAUCUUUGGGUAAUUGUAAAGACUUGAAGCUUCUCGAUGUUGGAAACAACUAUUUGAGUGACACUUUCCCAAAUUGGUUAGGAAAUUCGGAUCAGCUGCAAGUGCUUGACUUGAGAUCAAAUAGAUUCUAUGGUAAGGUGGAUAGCUCUGAUCUUACCUUCACUCGUUUGCGUGUCAUUGAUGUUUCUCGUAAUAACUUCAGUGGCUAUCUACCUAUGAACUUUUUUGGAAAUUUACAUGCCAUUAGAGAAGUGAAUGAAAAGAAAGUUGGACCAGAGUACAUGAAAGAUAUAGCAGCAGGUAAAGUACUGUAUAUAAUGACAGGUUUAUCUUUUACAACAAAAGGACUGGAAACAGAGUUUGAGAGACUAUUAACCAUAUGGACAGCUGUUGACUUCUCCAGCAACCAAUUCAUAGGAGAAAUUCCUAAAAUAAUUGGUGAGCUUCAUUCACUAAUCGUCCUAAACCUCUCUCAUAACUGUUUAACAGGUUCUAUCCCGUCAUCAUUGGGUGAUUUGUCGGAGAUUGAAUCAUUAGAUCUCUCAUCAAACAAACUCUAUGGAAGAAUUCCAACAGAGUUUAAAAAUCUUGGAUUCUUGGAGGUGUUAAACCUUUCCCAUAAUAAUCUAGAUGGUCCCAUUCCUCAAGGCAAACAGUUUGAUACUUUCAGUAAUGAUUCCUACAUAGGAAACCUGGGUUUAUGCGGGCUGCCAUUGUCAAACAGCUGUGAUAAUGAUGGGAAAACUCCAAUCAGAUUUGAUAGAGAUGAUGAUGAUGAUGGAAUGAAUUGGAAAUUUUCAAUAUUGAUGGGAUAUGGAUGUGGAUUGGUGCUAGGACUGAGCAUGGGAUACAUUGUAUUCACAAUUGGGAGACCAUGGUGGUUCAUUAGACUGUUCGAGAUAGUUCAACAAAGAUUUGCAAAAAAAAGGUAAAAAGGAAAACUCUUUGAGGGAAUUUUGUUUCAGAACAAGCAGUUGAGAGAGCUGAAACUUCAUUGCAUGCUGGUAGGCAGGCCAUCGUUUCCUUGCUGCUAUAUGCUUUGGGUAGUUGUUAGUUUGUUGUGUGAAGGGAAUGUUCCUUAUGUUCUGGAGUGUACUGUUUCUUCUAUUAGUGCUUGUCAUCCUGGUUCAAAGUACUAUUAUUUUCUGUUUAGAUCUAGAGAGGUUUUUAACGAGGUU